AUGUUUGUUGGCUAUGAAGACACUGAGGAUAAUGAUGUGUAUGAAGAUGAACUUUAUCACGAAGAGUCAUCCAGUGAGCAGAGUGUUGACAGUGAGGUGGAAUUUCAUCUCUACAGCCAGAUCCACUAUUCCCAAAAUCUUGAAGAAGUCAUUAGCGUGCUGGAAAUGGAUGAAGAAGGUGAUGUUGCAGGAGUCAGGAGUCAUAAUUCAGUUCUAAGUGAAAAACAGUAUGAAGACAAGAAAAUCACUGAAUUCAUUGAUUGCAGCACUCAGACUUUAGAUGACUCUGAGAUCAUUGUCUUGUCUGAUACACCAGAUGAAGACAGCAUAUACAAAAGCAAAGCAAAGAAGUCAACAAGGUCUUUAGCUCAAGGUAAAGUACGUAUCCACCCAGGAUCUUCCACCCCAAAUCAUGCCGAAGCUACUGGAUGUAACACCCUGUAUCCUGCUGGAUCAAGCACAGAUGUUUCAAGGCGAAGGAAAAGCAGCAGUGGGAAGCUCUACCCCGUUAGCCCUGCGGCACCUCAUGCCAUCCAAGACAUCUUGGUCAUAGAUGAUAGCUCAGAGGAGGAGAGCUUGAUAUCAGAAAGUGACCAUGUUGAGAGCUGGAUGCUUCUGGAAGCUGGUGCAGAUGACAAAGAUGAUGAUAUAAUGUUGAACCUUGAAGGCUGUGCCACUCCUGUCAGUGAAGGUUAG